CACUUCUCAGUCACAACUUACGAAAAGUCCCGAGCUAAACAUUAAUUGUGAGUUGGACAAGAGUGUUCUUCCUUCUUAUUCCUCCUUUUAUAUGGACUACUUUUCCACUGCCAAUCCUAGCUCCUCUGAGUUUUCUUCAGUGGCAAACAGCAGCAAGGAGAAGAAGAUCAAAGGUGGGAAGAGAAGCAAGGGAGUUAAGCUCUCGACUGACCCUCAAAGCGUGGCUGCUAGAGAGAGAAGGCACCGGAUCAGUGACCGGUUCAAGAUCCUACAGAGCUUAGUUCCUGGUGGGAGUAAGAUGGACACAGUGUCGAUGUUGGAAGAAGCCAUUCACUACGUGAAAUUCCUAAAGACACAGAUUUGGCUUCACCAAACCAUGAUCAACUUUGUGGACGAGGACCCAUCUUGCUUCCUUGCAGCUUCUUUUCCUUCUCAUGAUCAGCAGAACUUUUAUGCAGAAAACAGUACUCUAGUAGACCAAGUUCAGCCGUCAUCACCACCGCUACCAUUGCCGAAUUCUUACUUCCAGUCCGAGGAAACCGUUUCUUUGGACCCUUACGUGAAAUACUAGAUUUGGUCUGGUUUCUCUCUGUCUGUGUCACUGUCUUUCUUGUCUCUGUGGCUGGGUGGGUGGGUGGGGUACUACUGCGUGUUAGCUGUGGUGUAAGAAAUCCAUCUGCUGUUCUGCAGAAAAUGAUUCGCUGCAUGCUAUAUAUUAUAUGGGCCGGGCUAGCUGUUGAGAGUAUUACUUUCGAGAGAUGUAUCAUAAUAUUGUAGUAAUAUUUUGCAGUUCAUAUAUAUUGAAGUACUGGUGGUUAUAUGCA